CGGGAGUGAAUUUUGUGUGGACUUAGUGGAUGGGAGUGGAUUGGAUUGCAUGGGUGUGGGUGUGGAUGAUAUGGAGAAGACUUCAGGAGUGGAAUAGGAAGGAGUGGGCGGGAGUGGAGAAGCGCAACCCAGGGAGUAUAUAAGGAGAGCCGCGCACACAGACAAGCUCACUCCCGCGCCAGCCGUCCACAGGCUGCACUGGUAAGAAGACAAGAAGAGAAGAAGAAAAGAGAAGCAGAGGACACACACAAAGAAAGAAGAGAGAGGAGCAGGAGGCGGAGAAGAGAUAGAGGGAGAGGAAGAGAAGGAGAAAGAAAGGGAAUAAGGAAUAAACGGAUUAGAAAAGAGGAAAGACAAGAAGAAGAAGAAGAAGAAGAAGAAGAAGAAGAAGAAGAAGAAGAAGAAGAAGAAGAAGAAGAGUACGUAAUUUCCUGCUACUCGAAAAACAUCUCUUUAAUUUUACUGUUAUAGCUAUUAUGUUGCUCCGGGCGUCCCUGGUGUGGAUGGUGAGCAUGGCAGUGUUGACCACCUGCCUCCCAGGGACUCCACCCACACCCACAGGUGAGGAGCCAGACUCCCCAUGGCUGCCAUUCCUCCCCUGGGCCUCCAAUGCUGCCCUCACCCUGCACCCGCUGCAGGACACCACCGGCCGCACCAAGAGAGUGUUUCUGAGCAGAGGCUGGGGGCCGGGGGGAUACGAUGCCCCUCCUCCCCCAGCCCCCCAGCGUUACACCAGGCGACCUCUAGUGCCUCCCUCCACGGGCCAGGACGACACAGAGCAACCAGUCCCUUCUUCACUGGCACUCAGAGAGCGGGCGGGUCGGGCAAGGUUUGCAGCGCUGGUGUCAACACAGAGGCAGGAGACGCAGCCACAGCCACAGUACCGUAGAUUCCACUCCAUCUUCACCUCUGGCACCUGGAGUCCCCUGGGGAAGCGCAGUGCACCCAUGGGGGAGCCUGGCAUCUUCCCCGGCAUGGAGGAGGAAGCUGAGGGUGACAGUGACAAGCUUGAGCCCCUCUUCACCAAGACAAAGCCAUUUGUAAAGGACAAGCGAGCUGGGGUGUUUGCUUCCCAGGGCUGGGGUGCAGGAGGCUCCCCCACCCCCACCUGGUCCUCCUCCUCCUCCUCUUCCUCCACCAGCUGGACAGACACACAUCACCCCUGGCUGGCCGCACCACUCAUCACCUCGGACAAGACCGGUGGCAGUGGUGGCGGUGGUGAGCGAUACAUGGCAAGCUUCAGGAGUGGUGGGCCAUUAUUCCACCACUUCCUGUCCCAUGGGUGGCGGCCCAUGGGCAGAUGAGGGGACUGGCAUGCCCUCUCACCACCACCACCACACAUGCAAAGCAGCACCACUACAACACCACACCUACACCACACUCUUACGGCUCACUGUCACCUUAGGAACCACUACUGACGACGUGAUGUGUUGUUACAAGUGACGAGCCCCAAUCACCUGUACCAUUUGCUUCAUCUAAUAAACUAAUGAUGUACUGCCAUAUAUAUACAGUAAUGUAUAUGUAUGUAUAUAUACUGAGAAUUUCCCUCAAUGUAAACUGGACUUGUGAGUGAAGAAUAAAAUAAAGAGAUGAAAA